CAGUCGUCGUCGUUUGUUUUGGACGGUGGGCCAGGCCAGGCGCAGCGAAAGAUCUCAGCAGGCAGCUGUGCCGAAACAGCCGAGACGAACACAACAUCCUCUCGCCUGACAUUUCGGCCGCACUUUCGGCCAUGAGCACCGAGGAGAAGUUCCGGGCGGCCGUCAACGUCAUCCGCAGCCUGCCCAAGAACGGCUCGUACCAGCCGUCGUACGAACUGCAGCUGCGAUUCUACUCGUACUUCAAGCAGGCCACUGAGGGCUCCUGCUCCGAGUCGCAACCGGCCUUCUGGGAAGUGGUCCGCAGGAAGAAAUGGGAGGCCUGGAAGAAACUGGGCAACAUGCCCAAGGAGCACGCCAUGGAGAGCUACGUCGAGGAGCUCAAGAAGAUCGUGGAAACGAUGUCUUACAAUGAGAACGUGGCCGAGUUCCUGGGCUCCCUUGGCUCAUUCUACGAGGCUGUUCCUCAAGAAGAUUUGCAACUGGCUGUUGGUGACAUAAUUGAGCGAGUGAGCAGCAGAGACACAAGCCCGACCCAUUCCACUAAGUCGCCAUCAAAAUAUAACCUGAGCCAAGCUCCCGAGCCUGUAGACGACGACGAAGAUGAGUACGACGACUUUAAAGAUUCCUUAGUCGAGGUGAGGCAAGAAGACAUUGAAGGAGUGCAACACAAAUCAUCAGCUAAAAAGAACGGACACGCAAUUAAACCAGCUGAAGAUGCCACAGAACUUGCCACUAGGAUUUCCACCAUGAACCAAAAAAGCCUCGAUCAGCAGGUUGCCGAACAACUACGAGAAACAACACGUCAACUCCAGAGAGACCUGGAUCGAUUGAACUCCCGAGUUAGAAAACUUGAGGACAAAAACAAUCAGCCCAAGGAGGAAAUAGCUCCGAGGGGAUUCUGGCCAUUGAACGACGUUUCACCCCGCACGGCGAUGAUUAUUGUUUUGUGGCCGCUGGUUGUGCACGCAGCUGUGGCCGUGUGGCGGUCGAGGCAGCGCCGCUGAAGAAGCUGACUGUUACCUUGUUGGGCCAUUUCCAGACAGACAUCAUAUAUUUCUUUUGAUAUCCUCAAUUGACUAGUCCUUUCUCUCUGUGGAUAUUCCUAAAUUAUGAGUUGUAGUUUACAUACAUGCGGUGAUAUUUGUCAAAUAAUGAUUAAUUACUAUUAAGGUUACGUUUGCUUUUUUGUUGAUGUUAUUUACUGCCACUUUCAACACAUUCUAUAUUAUACGAAAUAAACAGUUUUUAUAUU